UGUCACGCGACCGCAAUGAUGUCCGUCGCUCGCAUCAACGCCGCGUUUUGUAUUAUUUGGCUUCUUCUGUUUGCUUUUUCCUCUUUCUUUUCAUAUGAUGAUCCGUCUUCAAUAUUUUUCAAUGCCGAGCGAGCCUACAGACAACGCUUUUCGAGCGUGAGGACUGACGAGGCAGACGCAUAUAUCCAUAAUCCACCCGCCAGAGUCGUACCGAUCAAACCCGUCGAGAAGCUGCUAUGCAUCGGCAUCCCUAGCAUUAAUCGCACGACCGAGUCGUUCCUAGCCUCGACCGUUGCUACGUUAUCCGACACACUCACGCCAGAGGAGCGCGCAUCAAUUCGCAUUGUUGUGCUGCUCGCCGAUAAAACACCCUCGAAGCACUUUGCAUAUGGCCAAAGCUGGCUUGAACCACUUGUUGAUGAAGUUCUUCUCUAUGGCGAGCCACCUAAUGGAAGUUCGGUAUACCGCCGUAUACCGUUCAAUCUAAAAGAAGGAAAUAUCCGUGGUGAUGGUCGUGUAGAAAAUAUGAGACUGGAUCACUCGGCGCUCGUAGAAGCGUGCAGAGAGCAGGAGUAUCCAUAUUUCGCGCUGGUAGAGGACGAUAUUGUUACACUGCGAGACUGGUUUCCCCGAUUCAAAAAGGGCUUGGCAUUUGUCGAACAAAAGACCAAGGAGACUAAGAGAGAAUGGAUAUAUCUGCGAUUGUUUUACUCGGAGAUUUUGAUGGGAUGGAACAACGAAGAGUGGCUAUCCUACUCUAAAGUCAUCUUUUUGGUAUACACUGGCGUGUUAGCCGCAUUCCUGGCCGGGAGAAAAUACUAUAUCCGCAAGGGUGUUUCAACGGGUGUAUCGCCGCACACGCAGCGCUAUCUCGGAGCCCUCGUAUUUGGUCUUUGGUUGCCGGCUCUUAUUGCUCUUUACUUCCUAUCCGGCCGUCUAUCCGUUAACAGACUGAAUCCAUUCGGCUUGGGCGAAUUGCACGGAGCCCGAGAGAUGCCACAUUACGGGUGCUGCGCCCAAGGACUUGUUCUUCCUCAGAGACACUUGGAAGGCUUUCAAGCAUUACUGAGGGACCCACCAUACGGCUUCCCAGGAGAUAUGAUAUUGGAAGGCUAUGCAGAAGAUCGUGGACUAGUAAAAUGGGCAUUAGAGCCGAGUGUGUUUCAACAUGUUGGAUUUAAAGAGUCAUCCGAGGGAAAACGUCGAACUGAAGUUUGGAACUUUGGAUUUGAACGGCAAUAUAGAAAUUAG